UCGGUUGCACGGUAAGCGAUGCGGAAGACGGCGGGGUGUUCAAUCCCAGAGGGAGGGAGAUGGAGGAUGGCCCGGCUAAGUGUGCUCCUGCUCCCGCUGCUGAUCGCCGUGCUCAGCCUGGCCACAGGCGCCUCCAGCCUUGACAAUGGCCUCGCCAUCAGCCCCAUCAUGGGCUGGCUCCACUGGGAGAGGUUCCUCUGCAAUGUCGACUGCCAGGAGGAUCCACACAACUGUAUCAGUGAGAAGCUCUACAUGCAGAUGGCUGACAUCAUGGCAGCAGAAGGCUGGAAGGAUGUUGGCUAUAAUUAUGUUUGUGUUGAUGACUGUUGGCUCGCGAGCACACGGGAUGCCAACCACCGCCUGCAGCCCAAUCCCGAACGGUUUCCAAGCGGGAUGAAGAAACUCGCAGACUACAUCCAUUCUAAAGGCCUGAAGUUCGGCAUCUAUCAGGAUGUGGGGACCAACACUUGUGCAGGGUACCCAGGCAGUUAUGGCUACUAUGAACUGGAUGCUCAGACCUUUGCUGACUGGGGAGUGGACCUCCUGAAGUUUGAUGGUUGCAACUUCAUCAAUUUGGACGUCAUGAUUGAGGGUUACAAGAACAUGUCGCUGGCCUUGAAUAAGACUGGGAGAGAUAUUGUAUAUUCCUGCGAAUGGCCUUUCUACCUGUGGCCUUUCAAGGAGGUAUUGUCCACCUGCCAUGAUUAGCAUCUUCCCUACUCUUCA